ACCUCAUUAAGGAUCUGUCUUUUGUCACGUCCCCGCUGCAUAUUUGUAGAGAGAUAUAAACGAGAUCACUUGACCUUUUUAGAGAGAGAAAGCGAAGGAGGGGAUCUGCUCUGCUUUUCUUACCAGUUAGGUAGUAAGGCUGGUUUCCUCAGUCCCAUUCAUAUUGAAAAAUGGCAAAAUCAGCACCAGCGAGCUUCUCCAUGGGAUCGGUUGCUUCUUAUAGUACCAUUUCUUGCUCAAGGUUCAAAUUCAGCAAGCCCUUUGUUGCUAGAAACAAUUCAUGGAAUCCCAUUCAGAGCUUCUGUGGUCUCAGACCAACAACUGGUCUAAGCUUGACAUCAGAACGAUCUUUCUUGGGCCAAGGCUCCAUUGCUUCUCUUCAAGCAUCAAAACCCACAUAUUUAAACCAAAACAAGAGCAUUUCAAAGAGUUUGCAACCUAAAGCAUCGUUCAAAGUUGCUAUUCUUGGAGCAGCAGGUGGAAUUGGGCAACCAUUAUCAUUAUUGAUCAAAAUGUCACCCUUGGUCUCUUCUCUCCAUCUAUAUGAUAUAGCCAAUGUGAAAGGAGUUGCAGCUGACCUCAGCCAUUGUAACACCCCAUCUAAGGUCUUAGACUUUACUGGGCCUUCAGAAUUGGCUGACUCUUUGAAGGGUGUUGAUUUAGUUGUUAUACCUGCUGGAGUGCCUCGAAAGCCUGGUAUGACAAGAGAUGAUCUCUUCAAUAUCAAUGCAGGAAUUGUCAAGACAUUGAUUGAAGCUGUUGCUGAUAAUUGCCCUGAAGCUUUGAUUUGCAUUAUAAGCAACCCGGUCAAUUCUACUGUUCCUAUUGCAGCUGAGGUUCUCAAACAGAAAGGUGUUUGUGAUCCCAAAAAAUUGUUUGGGGUAACCACCCUUGAUGUUGUGAGGGCAAAUAGAUUUGUUGCCGAGAAAAAGAACCUAAGGCUCAUCGAUGUUGAUGUACCAGUUAUUGGGGGUCAUGCUGGAAUUACCAUUUUGCCCUUGCUAUCGAAGACCAAGCCUUCAGUUACCUUUACUAAGGAAGAGAUAGAAGAAUUAACAGUGAGGAUUCAAAAUGCAGGGACUGAAGUUGUGGAGGCGAAAGCAGGUGCUGGGUCUGCAACUCUUUCGAUGGCUUAUGCUGCAGCUAGAUUUGUUGAGUCUUCACUUCGAGCUUUAGAUGGAGAUGGAGAUGUUUUUGAGUGCUCCUAUGUUCAGUCUGAACUCACUGAGCUACCUUUCUUUGCAUCAAGGGUUAAGCUUGGGCGUAAAGGUGUUGAGGCUGUGAUAUCUGCUGAUCUUCAAGGGCUAACUGACUAUGAGGAGAAGGCUUUGGAGGCUUUGAAGCCAGAAUUGAAGGCCAGCAUUGAGAAGGGUGUGGCAUUUGUACAGAAGCAAACACAUGCAUCAGUUUGACUGCAUUUAUGUGGCUGGCAUACUUAACGAGCAGGGAUAAUAACAAUUUUUGUAGUGUAGGAGGCAGAAUUUCCAUUAUGGGGUUUUUCACAUGUUGUUUUACAGAUGAACUAGGUUUCUUUGCAUUCCAGAGGAUGUAGUGGUCUUGUUGAGGGACAGUCUUUUUGGGAGGCAUCUAUCUUUCAUAUGGAUGUAAUUUUUGUCUAAUUCUGUAUUUCUUAAUGCAUUGGAGGUCUUCUAUCAGGGUGUUUAUUAGUAUAAGCGUACAACGAGCAAUAAAACAAGGGAAAUUUGUCAAAUCA